AUGGCACCCGGCGGUUUUAUGAUGACUUACAAGUACCGACCCCUGGAGAGCCAUCGCCAUAUCCGCCUACUGCAGGUUCUGAGUACCGGCGACAAUGAGAGGAUCCAGGCGGAGGCACGGCCACCGACCUACCGAUACAGAAUUAUCCACAGGGAGCUUUCAAACAGAGAUGCACAGCUAGAAUUUAAAGCAGUCUCUUACACUUGGGGUAGCCCUAACCGCGUGGCCGGUCUUACUAUAGACGAGAAUGUGAAAGAGGAAAAGAAAGCGAAAGCGAAAGCGAAAGCUGGUGCCAUUGGGCUCACCGAGAACCUCUCUCAAGCACUGCCGCGUCUCUGCCAACACUCGAUAACCAAGCUACUGUGGAUCGACCAGCUCUGUAUCAAUCAAAUAGACUUGGCGGAGAAGUGA